GAAUGCGCAGUUCCCCACCUUUCCUACAAAAAGGCGGUUACUCCUCCCUGGAGAAGCAGGAGUCAUGGAUCUCUGGACAGUCUCUUUUGACCGAAAGCAGCCAAUCGGAGACAGAGUCCACCCUGCCCAUCUCGGCCGAUCACGUCAGGCCACUCCUCUCACCAGUGACCAGGGAAUCUGGCAAAGCCGGACCACGCACUGCCCCCGAGCCACGCCCUCUCGGCCCUCAACGAUGACGUCACGCGCGGCGGGGGUAACUAUGGAAACCCCAUCGCCUUGUGAAAAAGCCUGGCGCGAAAGCCCUCCCAAAGACUAACCUAGUUCCGCCUUUCCUCGGGAAUCCUCCGAGGCCCCGGCUCCGGGUCGCAACAGGGCUGCUGCAAUCCUGAAGAGAACUUGGUCGGAACUAGGCACCUGGAGGGCACUAAAAGCCGGACACCUGGUUCCCCAAACCCGGACUCACCUCUCCCACAGGCUGGUUCCGAUCGGACACUUCCGGUGGAAGGACGGCGCGGUACCACGGCUCGACGCUUCCUUCUGUAGAGACUUUUGAGUCUGCGCAAAAGAAGACGGACCGGCUUUGGACUGCAAUUCCCAGAAGCCUCCGGGUCUGCUCAGGCGCUUAGACUCCAUAUCCCAAGUGUCUACGCCUCGGUCCUGAAGGUCUCAGAGCGCGAAGGAGGCGGCGCUUUUCCUCCCCACUGUGGUGGCAAACUUGUCUCCUGCGCCCUUGCGGCCUUGCCCUUGACUUCUGGCUGAGGCUGUGAAAUCGAAAAUCACUCAACAGGGACGCAGUUGCAAAGCCUUCAUGGAUUCCAAACUGGGGUAUAGGCCAGCGGUGCAGAGAGUGAGAGAGUUCACCCGAGACAGACUGGGGAGCACAACAGAAGAGACAGAUUGGCAAUUGUCUGGCAUUCUACUCCAUAUUCAUUUUCCCUGAGGAUUGUUACUCUGGACAGCUCGGUGAUAUCAGCUAAUUAACAGUAUAGAAGAUGCAGCCCCAGAGACUUCCGCCAGAUUUAUUUGUUCAUACAAGAACCGGGGUGCAGGCCAGAUGCGUGGGAGCGUGAGAGGACUCAACAGAGACGGAGUGGAGAACAGAACAGGCAGACUAACGAAAUAGACUGCUGAGGGGAGCAGCGGGCGAGACAGGGGAGGUCCCCCACGCCAUGUGGGAUUCUUGCUGGCCAGCUGGGAUGGAACCCGUGCUGCAUUGGCUGUGGACAGCUUCACGGUGCAGCGCUCAACUGCCUGCACCACCAGGGAGACCCCAUUUAUUUUUUUUUUUCUUGCUAAUUGUUCUGGAAAAAACUUCCAAUGCUAUGUUGAAUCAAAAUGGCAAUGUUGCUUUCCCCCUCUGAUGCUCCCUUCAAUUUGAAUAUUGUUAUAUAGUGGAUGUCUUUGAAACCAUCACAAUCCAGUCAAAGCAUGAAUUAUUCAAUGAAAUAUAUCUUCUUCAAGGAAGAACCUGAAGAUCAGAGGAUAAGAAACAUUCUCAGGCAGUGUGACUAAGCAAGGAAAGGAGAGGAACCCACAAUUAUCAGAUUUCAAAUUCCAUGUUAUUAAAUUGCCUGAUUUCCGAGGUUCUACAGGAAAGAAGACAUCUUAAAUUGAGUCUGAUUCCUUUCUAGGGAGCCAAGAACUGAACCAGCCAACAUGCGUCUGGUCAAUGAGAGCGCCCCACAGGAGUUCAUCCUCUUGGGAUUCUCAGAUCGGCCAUGGCUGGAACUCCCACUCUUUGUGGUCUUCCUGGUCUCCUAUAUCUUGACCAUCUUUGGCAAUCUGGCAAUAAUUGUUGUGUCCCGCCUGGAUGCCAAACUCCACACCCCCAUGUACUUCUUCCUUACCAAUCUCUCCGUCCUGGACCUCUGCUACACCACAAGCACCGUCCCUCAAAUGCUGGUCAACAUCUGCAGCACCAGGAAGGUCAUCAGCUACGGUGGCUGUGUGGCCCAGCUUUUCAUUUUCCUGGCCUUGGGCUCCACUGAGUGCCUGCUCUUGGCAGUUAUGUCUUUUGACAGGUUCAUCGCUAUCUGUCGGCCUCUCCAUUACUCGGUGAUCAUGCACCAGCGCCUUUGCCUCCAGCUGUCAGCUGUGUCCUGGAUCAGCGGCUUCAGCAACUCGGUCCUGCAAUCCACACUGACCCUCCAGAUGCCUCUGUGUGGCCACAAAGAGGUGGAUCACUUCUUCUGCGAGGUCCCUGCCCUGCUCAAGCUGUCAUGUGCAGACACCACAGCCAACGAGGCUGAGCUGUUCUUUAUCAGCGUGCUCUUCCUUCUAAUACCUCUUACACUCAUUCUUAUCUCUUACGCUUUUAUUGCCCGAGCUGUGUUGAGAAUCAAGUCAGCUGAAGGUCGACGAAAGGCAUUUGGAACAUGCGGCUCCCAUCUGGUGGUGGUGUCACUCUUUUAUGGCACUGCUAUCUAUAUGUAUCUGCAACCACCUUCCCCUGCCUCCAAAGACCGGGGCAAGAUGGUGUCCCUUUUCUACGGGAUCAUCACCCCCAUGCUGAAUCCCCUGAUAUACACACUCAGGAACAAAGAUGUGAAGGGAGCAUUUAAGAGGCUAAUUACCAGGGUCUUCUUAAUGAAGACAUAGAAAUACCCAAAUGAGAGGCCUUGUUAAAGACAUAAAGUUUUAGUAUUUUCAUUCUUUCCCAGUUGCUUUAUUCUACGGCUUAUAGAACUAUCUGAUGAUCUAAGUCAAAAUAAAAUGUCAUUGGCAUUUAUUUUCUACUGACAAUUCGUUACACAGGUCCUGAGAACUGUGUGACUAAGCAAGUGUGACUAAGCAAGGAAAGGAGAGGAACCCACAAUUAUCAGAUUUCAAAUUCCAUGUUAUUAAAUUGCCUCAUGAUCAAAUUCCAUGUUAUUAAUUGCCUCAUGAUCCCCUAAAACAGUGUGACUCUAAAAUAGCUAAGGCUUUGAGCUUUACACCACUGGUUUAAAUACUUGAUGAAGAGUCUUAGACAUCCGUGACACUAAAAUGGGCUUAGGAAACAAAACAUUUUUAUAAAUGUGCAGCAUUCACACACGCACUCACUCAUGCCACGAAUCCUUUUCUCAGUUGUAGAUCUAAUAGAAAGCCAAGAUUAAUAACCCUAGCUGAAAAUUUUUAACACUGUUCUCACACCCACAUAAUACUGAAACUCAAUAAUUUUUCUUCCAGUAUUACCUAGAGCUUCCAUUCUGUUUUUCUAUACGUUCCACUUUUCCUAAAUUGAAAUUAUCCACCUACCAAAGAAAAUUGUAGCUACUUAAAGACUUGUUUCUUGAAAAUAUUCUUAUGAUUCCUCUGUUAGUUAAAUUAUCUUUCUCUUUUUAACCCCUAAAGCAAUUACAAUCUAAAUGUUAGGAAGGAAAAAAAACCCACAUAUAUACCAUCCAUUACUUGUUUACAUGCAUUUUUUUUGGACGAGAAGAAAAGCUUAUUAAUUCUAUGUUCCCUUGGUGUAGCAUAAAUCAUACUUCCUCUCUACGCCCUUGCAAGCUCUUCAAAGUGCUGAGGAAAAUACUCACUGUGAGUUAGUUAUUUGGCUGAUGGAAUGAUUUGUGACACUGUAAUAAUUUUAAUUGCUUCUUUACUAUCCUUUCCCUAAUGUUUCUUCUACUAUAAGUAUGACAAAAAAACAGAAAAUACAAUAACUAAGAAAUACAAUUAGCAGUUUUUCUUUAAGACCUUAUAGUAACAACGUGCAUUUCUGCUUCAGUAAUUCUAACACCACACAGCAGAUCUUAAAAUCAGACCCACCAGGAAGGCUUUUAGAAUCCAGACUAUUUGGGUGUCACCCCACUGUUAAAAACUCCUAUGGAUUCCAAGGUCUGAGGUAGGACCUACCCCAUUUCUAAUGAAUGCUGAUCAGGGGAACAACCUUGAGGGACUGCUGGGUUCCUAUCUUUUAUCAAUGAGAACUAUAAUUAAAAGGGAAAAUGGAAACAGAACAUUAAAAGACUGUAUUAACAUUUGAGGGAACAUUUCCCAAUGAAAAUGUGUUCAUAUUUUGAAGUUCAAAUAAAUGAUAUAAUAGAUAAUUUUGAUGUGAUCUCAAAGCCAAUGUCAGUGACCUUUAAGGAAUUAUGAGAAAAUAGCAAUGAAGCCAGAGUGAGAGUGAUGGAAAUUGAAGUAUUUUACAUACUUUAAAUGAAUCACUAAUUGAUUCAAUACACUAGAAAAUGGUAAGGUUUAAAGUGAUUUAUGA